AUGAUGCACCCAUCGCGGCAGGCCUAUGUCGAAGAGGCCCAGUCGCCGGCCGGCAUCGCCCUGGAGGACCUCCCCGAUGACCAUGACUACCAGAUGAAUGUUGGAAACUCGGAGAAGGCAUCAGCAGUGCUCAACCAGUUCAACCGAAAACGACUUGCCGCGUCUAUAGCCGUGCCCACCGACGAUGGGCGUGUCCGCGCAAGACUCCGAGACAUGGGGGAGCCUGUCACGUUGUUUGGUGAAGGAUUGGCUGAUCGAAGAGACCGCUUAAGAGAACUUCUGACGAUUCAAGCCGAGAUCGCGGGGUUGGAGGGCGUCGACACCGAAAUGGAUGAUGCGCCCGAGGAACCAGAAGAUGAGCAGGAGGAGGAGUUCUAUUCCAGAGGAGGAGCAGAGCUCCUCACGGCACGCAAAAAAAUAGCAGAGUUCUCCCUGCCUCGAGCCAAGCGGCGGACGGCUUUUCAGAAGUCGGAGUCUGCAAUACCACUACGAACUCACGUCAAGUUCAGGAAGGAGAUCAAGGACAGGCUCAAGGAAUUCGAGCUGCAGGGCAGUCAGACAGUUGGUGAGCGCCACAUCAGUAUGACGAGGAUUUCACCCAACGGAGAGAGCGUGGCCGUGGGGAACUGGGGAGGCCAGGUGAAGCUCGUGGAAAUACCCAGUCUCACGGAGAAGAUGACUUUUCGUGGACACACAAACAAAAUCAGUGGCUUGUCGUGGUAUCCCGGUGCCACGCUCCCAGAAUCUGGCGUAUCUCCUGACGCGGUUAAUCUCGCAUCUGGGGGAGCCGAAGGCAUGGUCAAUCUGUGGUCUUUGAAUCAAGAUACCCCUCUGACGACUCUGCAGGGCCAUUCGCAAAGAGUGUGCCGUGUCGAGUUUCACCCUUCUGGACAAUAUCUAGCAUCAGCGUCCGACGAUACAUCCUGGAGGCUGUGGGAUGUAGAGAGCACCGCCGAGGUUCUCCUCCAGGAGGGCCAUUCCAGUGGCGUUUAUGCCAUCAGCUUCAAUACAGACGGUUCCUUGUUGGCAAGUGCCGGUCUGGACAGCAUAGGGCGGAUCUGGGACCUGCGGUCUGGCCGCACUGUCAUUAUCCUUGACGGGCACCUGGACGGUCAUAUCAAACCCAUACACGCCCUCGACUGGAGCUCCGAUGGACAUCGUGUUUUGACCGGCUCCGCCGAUGGCUGGAUCAAAUGCUGGGACGUUCGAAAGGUGCAGAGGACUGGCGGUAUCGGCGCUCACAGCAGUGCGGUCUCCGACAUGCGAUGGUACAAGGGACUCGACGACCCGCUGCAGGGGACACCACCAGGCGCCGACGACAAAGGCCAUCAGAUUCCCAAGAAGUCUGGUACAUUCUUCGUCUCAAGUGGCUUUGACAGGAACGUCAAGAUCUUCUCGGCAGACGAUUGGACGCUCGUGCAAACACUGAGCGGUCAUACAGGGCCAGUAACCAGUGUGGACUAUAGCAGAGACGGCAGUCAAUGGGCCUUUUCGCAAGAUGAAAUCAACAGCUCCCCAACGAUACUCGAUGGCAUCGCCCCGUCAGAAGAGAGACUGCGCCGGGCCAAAGGCAUCAACUUCAUAUAUCAAGCGGGCGUGGCUCUAGAUCUGCCACAGAUCACAUUGUGGGUGGCCGGCGUUUUCUUCCACAGGUUCUUCAUGCGCGUCAGCAUGGCGCCAGAGAAACAAGGCAUACACCACUAUAACAUAGCGGCGACUGCUCUCUUCCUCGCAAACAAGACCGAAGAAAAUUGCCGGAAAACAAAAGAUAUAAUCAUUACGGUAGCCAAGGUGGCUCAGAAGAACAACAACUUGAUCAUCGAUGAGCAGAGCAAGGAGUAUUGGCGCUGGCGAGACAGCAUUUUAACGUACGAGGAGGUCAUGCUGGAGCAGCUGACUUUUGAUCUCAUGAUCGAUAAUCCUUACCGUAACCUCUUCGACCUACUGGGGCAGCUUGAAAUUGUACACAACAAGCAAUUACGACAAGCUGCAUGGGCGUUCUGCAAUGACGCAUGCUUGACGACUCUACCUUUGCUAAUGGAUGCCCGAGACGUCGCCAUCAGCGCAAUAUUCUUCGCAAGCAUACACACGAAUCAGCAGAUCGACGACUUCAAGGGAGAGGCAUGGUGGAAGUAUUUGAAAGGCUCUGAGGACCGCAUCACCAGGGCAAUCGAGACCAUGCGCCAAUUCUACACGGAUAAUCCGCUUAGGAAGCAGAAUCCGUCGUUGCCAUCACCGGCGUUUGAUCUGGAAAGCUCCAGGAGGAAAGGAGAGGCUUACGCAGAUAACAUGUCGUCAACAGCCGCGACACCAAUGGAGAUUGAUAGAACGAGCAAGAGUCCUCUGCCCAGAGCCAACGGCGCUUCACAUGAGAGAGACUCGGAGCACCACGCUUCGCAGUCAAGCAACCGCAUACCCAUGUCACCGUCCAAACGGAAGAUGCCGGAGGAUGGAUCGAGGCUUCAGGAUGAAAGAGAGGAGAAAAGAGCGCGAAUGUCAGAGGAUGAGGAAGGCGAGCUCGUGGAAGACUAG